AUGUUCCGCACAACCGCAGCGCGUUCGCUGCCGCGAUCCUUUGCAACUGUUCAAGCUCCCACCCCGCGAGCCAGCCUCUACAACCAUGUCUUGAAAGCCACUAUGAGAACCUCUGCAAGACCUGUCCGACCGUCGAAGGUGCUUUCUCUCACCCUUGCGCGAACGGCACAGAAGUCAAUGGUCCGAUACGAGUCCACCGCUGGACAGAAAGCCGCCCACUUCGACGUGAAGAAGGCGGCAGAAGAACUGUACAAUCAGACUUUGAAGCCUGUACCUGAGAUCGUGUCUACGGAAUCCAGUGUGCGCCCCAUCACCGGCGAGGUUAACGCUGCCGACCCAGAGCAAGAUGUUGACAUGAUGGCUGGUAUCCGGAGUGACUUUGAAACUAUCAAGGACACGUUCAGUCUGCACGAAGUCCCUCGCCAGGCACUUUAUGUUGGUUUGGCAGGCGUGGUUCCUUACCUGGCAACCUCUUUGACGACAGUGUAUUUGUCGUUCGACAUUCAGUAUGCUGCCAACCACGGCACCGGCUUUUUGAUGUCUGGUGAGACUGCCGAGACACUCUUGCAUAUUUUGGAGCCAAUUCAGCUCGGUUAUGGUGCCACGAUCAUCUCUUUUCUGGGUGCCAUCCACUGGGGUCUCGAAUUUUCCGGCUUUGGUGGCUAUAAGGGCUAUCCCAGAUACGCUAUGGGCGUUGUUGCUACGGCUGUCGCAUGGCCGACGCUUCUGCUCCCAGCUGAAGUGGGCUUGAUCGCCCAAUUCUUCGCAUUUACGUUCUUGUACUACAAUGACGCGAGAGCAUCCGCUUCAGGCUGGGCACCAUCCUGGUAUGGAAUCUACCGAUUCGUCCUCACCUUCAUCGUCGGCGCCAGCAUUGUCGCAUCCCUGGUCGGCCGUGGCCAGAUUGCGGACCUGGUCACUCGACCACCUGGACCGGCUGACCGCAUGAGGGAGCUCCGAGCAAAGCAGAUGCAGGAAUUGGGCCCUGAACCGGAUGCCGAGGAGGAAGAAGAGGAAGCAGAUGACGAAGAAUAG